AAUAUCGCGCGUGCGCGUUAGCUGUCAGAAAGUGCAGCAUAACCGGGAUCUGUCAGCGUAAAGUGUGUGAAAAAAAUUGAGUUUGUGGUUGUUUUUGGUGAUAAUCCGUGUGUUAGGUUAAAAGAAUGGCGAAGCCCGAACAGGUCCUAAACAUCGAACCCCAGAACGAGCUGCGAUUCAGAGAUAUCCACCUAACAGCAUCUGGAUCUGUUCCAGGGCCCUUCAACGCUCCGGUGACCUCGUACAUGAAGCUCACGAACCCGUCAGACAAAAAAGUCCUAUUCAAAAUCAAAACGACAGCGCCAAAAAAGUACUGCGUACGCCCGAACUCGGGCCUCCUAGAACCCAACACUUCGAUAGAGAUAGCAAUAAGUCUGCAGCCGUUUUUGUUCGACCCGGCAGAAAAGAACAAACACAAAUUUAUGGUACAGACGUUAUUCGCACCGGACGGAGACGUAAAUCUCGAACAGCUAUGGAAGGAAAUCGGACCCGAACAGCUGAUGGACUCGAAGCUGAAGUGCGUGUUCGAGAUGCCAGUCGAACAGAACGAAAGUCAAGAAGAACCCGCUAAAGCUAGUCCUAAAGCACCUGUCGUUCAGUCGGUACCUAAUAACGCUAUAGAUCCGGAAUUACAGAAGGCGGCCGAGGAGGUGCAGCAACUUAGGGAAGAAGAAAGUUCGUUGAGGCAAGAAAAUCUCCGACUUAAAGAGGAAAUCCUCCAGUUAAAAUUGGCAGCAGGAACUAGGGUGACCCAACCCAACCGAUACGCGCCUCCAGCGCAACAACAAAACAUCCCAGUAAUAUAUAUGGCUGUAGCGGUAAUUUUGGGCUUCUUAGGCAUCGUAUUGGGCAAGUUUGUCCUCUGAGACCCUCCCUAGAGACUUAGCGUGGUGUUACUCAGAUUACCAUGCCCAAACUCCAAUAUAUUGUAUAUUUAUUACAGUUAAUUCAUUAUUAUCUACUGUAAAAUAAAAUUUCUUGUGCAUACUUAACGAGUGUGCUAUUUUGGUUGCAUCUUUCGGCCAACUCGGUUCUUUUGCCAAUCUUAACAUUGUCAAACGACUGCAUCGACGAAAAAGAGAAACGUAGAUUAACAAAGUCCGGAUUUGGGUGUGUUGAGGUUGGACGAACUGUUGGUCACUUUUUUACAGAGUGUUUCUUAUAAACGUAGCUAAACGAAUUUGAAUGUCGGAGAUUGUUUUUAUUUGAAACAUCCUGUACUCGAUUUGGUUCAUGUCAGCAAUCGCAGGUUAGAAGUAUACAAUAUAUGGCAAGUUUACUUACUAGCCAUCUUUGGACGUUUCAUGCCUUAAGGUUUUCGUUUCGUAUACAGCGACAGUCCAAACGAAAUUGCUGCAAAAUUGGGAAUACAUUUUAGGGCGAAUGUUGUUUUCAUAACUGCACAGACUGUACAUAACUUUGAACUUUCUCUGUAUACCGUCGUGUGUUGAUCAACUUUCCGCCGUCGUUAUUUUUAAUGGAGUCAACAAUGUGUUAAAUAUAUUUAUUAAUUUUGUUUUUAAUUUAAUGUUUUAAUGUACGGAAAGUUGUUUGACUAUUGCAUUUUUUAUUUUUUUUUCUUAGUAUUUGUGGUAAUAGUUCAGUCAUUUUGUAAUUGUUAGUUAGAAUCGAGCACUUGCCAAGGUCCAUCGAUGAUAAGUCACCUUAGAAUCACGUAAUAUUGCAUUUGGGUUGAAAUCAUCCUACUUUAGAUUAGGUCCACUUCAUAUUAAUGUGGUGCUGUCAUAUACAUCUUUAUUUUUCAUUGAGUUUGAUAUUAAAUAUUUUUUCACCUCAACGAAAAUUUUAUUUGUGUCUGUGAAUUUCGUUAACUGUACUAGAUUUAGGGCUAUUUGGGGGCGAUCACCGCCAUUUUAGAACCGACCUUCCAAAAAUUUUAAGCAAAAUGCAGUAUAACGUUCAUCCCUGCAACACCAAAAAUAUACAAAGCUUUGCCUAGACAACGCCAACGUUGUUGGCGAAACGCGUUGUAUAUUUUCAGUGCUGCGGGGAUGGACCUUAUAUUGUUAUAGCACACCGAGUGACCAAAAAGCCAAAUAGUUGUGUGAUUGUAAAAUUAACGGUUACCCCCGAGACGAAUUCCAGAAGAAAAACUGGGUGAGAUUAUGUAUAAUUUUUAGUUUUACCAUCAUACAACUGCUGCAAUUUUUCAGGAUCGGGCUUUUUGGACGUGCGGUUUCCAAACUGGGGGCGACUUCCCCCUCAAACAUCUGAAAUUAAUAGUAGUAAGAACUUGGCUUGGUGCGAUUGUUCAUAUGUAUUAUAUUUUAACACGUUGUACUAUUUUAUGCUAGCCUGGUAAGUGUAAGUAACUUCAGUGAAUAAACUAUACUUCAUUACCUACUUAGAAAAUUUUUGUAAGUCGUUAUCUUACCGUGCAAAUAUUGACCUGAUGUAAAUUGUACGAAAUUAUAAGUGACAUGUUGCAAUCCA